AUCUGGAUGCUAUAAGUUUGAAAGGGGUGUUGUAAUAUAUGACCCAGUUUUGAAAAACAUGGAAAAGGGAUUGGAAAUCCGAUGAAACGUACGCGAGUUUCGAGAAGAAUAAUGAAGAUUUUGGUGUCUGAAAAUUCGAGAUCCACAAAGUGAAGAAGAGUGAGUGAGGGGAUUUUGGUAAAGGAAGUAAAGGGAAGUUGGACUCGUCAAACCCAAUCAUUUUGAAUGCUUCAAGUUAUUGAAAACAGGGGAUUCUUGAAUCUUGGAGUGGGAAUCCCAUGAUGCAUUACAGCUUCCUCGUAUUCUGCUUCCACGUAUUCUGCUUCCACUUCUCUGUCUGCUCUGUUGUCUUUGGAUGUUGUCUUUGGAUGAUGUUGUCUUGUCUUUGGAAAAAGUAAAAGACUAGAUUGAAUCGGGGGUCGCUCUUCUGGAACACCCAUCUCGGCCCCACUUUGCUUCUUCCAAACCCCCUCUAUUUAAUCCCCCUCUCCUCCUCCUCUGCACUUCACUCUUCCAACUUCCAACAUUUCUUUCAAUCCAUUCGCACCUAAACGCCUUCCAUGGAGACAGUUGAGUUCAAAGUAGAUAUGGUCGGAAUCCACGAGAAAAGGCUCAGGAAAUGUCUGUACAAAUUGAAAGGUGUGGAGAAGGUGGAGGUGGACGCGAACAGCCAGAAGGUGGCGGUGACCAGCUACAUUCACCGGAACAAGAUACUGAAAGCGAUGAGGAGAAGUGGUCUGAAAGCCGAUUUCUGGUCGGCCCAAAACGAGCUUCUUAAUGCAUACGCCGCCACUUAUGGAGCCUUCAGAUUCUGCUCCUACAACACCUUGUUCUAGAACUUUUACCAUUUUUGUUUAAUUUAUUUUUGUGGGAGGGGUAUAAAUAUUUUCAUUCAAGCUGGCAUUCAACGGCCUACUGUAAUUUUAAACACAAGCAACUCCAAAACAAAUCUCAGAAUGAAUAGCUUUUAGUUGGAAA